CCGUUGCAGCGCCUCCGGUCAGAGUUGAAAGGUUACAACGUCACGUCAAGCUAGCAGCUAAAGAAGCUUGUCCUAAAUAUUAUAAAAAAUGUCAACUACAGAAGAAGACACUGAGAUGACUAUUCCAUGUGCGCUCAUCACUAGCUGUGACAGUGGGUUUGAAGAAGAAGAGCUAAUAAAACAGAUCCUCAGUUCGAAGACUUUGCCCGAACCGAUCAAGCAAGAAGAUGCAGUAGCCUGGUAUCCAUGGACCAUAAACAACAAAUAUUAUACAGCGGAUGUCAGGCUAUGUGUUGUACCAAGCACCUUUCAAAUGUCAUCGGAGAUUGCCCAGUCCAUGCAGGCUUUCAUCGCGUAUUUUGACAGUACAGUGAAGGACGGUCUGGAAAAGCUACUUCCUUGGAUAUCAGUGGUGGAAGAUCUUGCUCCAGAGGUGCUCAUUCUGGUGUGUGACAGAGUCUGUGAAAAUGGGGUCACCAGACAUGAAGCACAACAGUGGUGUUUGGCUCAUGCCUUUGAGCUGGUGGAGCUCAAUCCACAGGAGUUGCCAGAUGAGGAUGAUGACUUUCCAGAAUCCACAGGAGUAAAGAGAAUUGUCCAGGCUCUCAAUGCCAAUGUGUGGUCCAGUGUGGAGAUGAAGGAUGGGCACAAUCAGGGCUUUGGUCUGAUGAGUAGUUUGGUCGCCGCCAGACACAACAACCCACACAGCUGUCAAGAUCCACAAUCUUCCAGCUUGCCAGUAGAGGGCUCACUUGUUAGUGAAGAAACUAACCAUACAGAAAGUAGUGCAAACACAGACACACAGGAAGACACGGUAGUUGAUGCAAUGACUGAUUUGGACAUUCGGGAACUUGCUAAUCUCACGGCUGGAGAUGCAGAUGUGGAUAACUUUGAACGUCUCUUUACCAAAUUAAAAGAGAUGAAAGACAAAGCUUCUUCAUUACCUCAUGAUCAGAGAAAGGUUCAUGCAGAGAAGGUAGCAAAAGCGUUUUGGAUGGCCAUUGGUGGUGAUGAAGAUGAGAUAGACGGGUUAUCAUCAGGAGAGGAAAGCUAAAAGCGGCUACCUGUGACUCAGUCUCUUUUCUCCUGGUCCUCCUCCUUUCCUGGGGCUCCCACAAGAUCCAGCGCCCUUUGACUUGCUUCUUGCACCUGGAAAGUGGAGAUGCUUACAGAUGGUACUGUAGGCAUAGUCAUGUUUAGAAACGUGUGAACUUAAAAUGAAAUGAUUGCAAUACUGGUGUAUAUUGAGAAGCAGUUAAAUAUCUUAAUUAGGGAUAGAAGAGAUCCAACGGAUGGCCCUCAGUCUUCUCCUGUGGGUCCCUCACCAUGCUAUAAGUCCUGAGUGAACCUCAACACCUGAUGGCGUUGGAGGUGGAAAAACAAAUCAGAAUUAUGUGGGCUUUGAUUUAUGUGUAUGUCCCUUAGGUACAGUUGUCACAUAUAUUUGCAAGUGACAUAAUGUGCCUUAUCCUUAGAGUUGUAAGACAUUUAAUCCACAUUCUGUUGAAUCAACAUAAAGACAUGUGAUUUUAA